AUGACACCGAAAAUUCGGGUGAAGAUCGAGGAUCCGAGUGUUCAAACAUAUGUAGAAGAAUGUAACCAUGCUCUGGAAGGACUGGACAAGGAGCUCCACCUAGCAGACCUUGAGCAUGCAGAUUCCCUUAUCUCAUCUGAACCAUGUUCGAAAGACGACACUGCUUCUUUUGAAAGGCAUGAGAUUUUAUCAUCGGGGAAACCCGGUAAUGUCUCACACGGUGCGGUAGUAUCAGGCUCUACCACGACAAAUCAUCAGCCACAUGAACGUAGACGUUCGGUGGUCGUUAAACAUCAGGAUCGGACAGUCAUCAUACCUCGUGCCAGACCUGUGCGACCUCAGCCGGUGAAGCGAAAGUCAUCUGGAUUCCCGUUCCGAGCUCUCCAGCAUUCUCAGACGUUUGAUGUCGUAAAGAGCAUUGCCGUAAACGUCUCUCGCAAGGCAAUCAAGCUGUGCCGAUGGCCGGAUCGAACCCGCAAGCGCCCCGAAAGCCUGAAGGAGCGACUGAACACUGCAAGAGAGCUUUCGCCUUUCUGUGAUCAGCACUUUAUCCCUCUGGCAUUGUUAGAGGAGCUUAUAACGCAUGAUGUCGUUGCAAAAGAGCUAGCUAGAGAUCGGUCACUCCUGGGCAAGCUACGCCUCGACGCCGACAAACGCGGCCUAUACAAGCUGAAGUCCCGUUCUACUAAUCGGUUGCUGAUCCAGGAAUCUGAGCGCACAUACCGCAAAGUCUUCGCAGUGUUGACCUUGAUCGACCAAGCAUCCUGCAUAUGGAAGUUCGUGGACGAGGGGAUCUGCGAUUCCACGCUUCCCAUAUCGGCCGAACAGAUUGACAAAUCGCAACACCACUUUCGACUUAGAAGUGAAGAUACAUGCAAGCCUCUCAAAUGCUUCCAAGACUGGUCACCUAAAAGUAUAGCAGACUUCAUGAAGAGCCAGUGGGAAGUUAUUGCACUUCAUUUUAAGGGAGGCUUAGACGCAGGUAACCAUUACGAAGUCCAGCCUGAUGAAGUUCUGCCGUUUACUAAGUUCAACAAUGAGUACCGAAAGGGAGGUUUUGGUCAGGUCUUCACGGCAGAAAUAGAAGAAAGCCACCGCUCUUUUCCAAAUAAGGAUGUCGCGGUGAAGCGCCUGACCAAUACAUACGAAGACCCAGUCCGGAACAGAGAAGCCUUCAAGCACGAGUCAGGCAUUCUUCGAAGCCUUGCUAAACAGACUCACAUCAACAAACACCUUACUGAGCUUUUAACGACAUUCGAACGGGCCAAUGAGUUCUACUUAGUUUUUCCCUGGGCUGAUACAGAUCUCGAGGGCUUCUGGGAGCAACAUAGUCCACAGCCAGAACUGUCAGGGUGGCUACUCGAGCAAUUUAGAGGAUUGUCUGAAGCCCUUUAUGUCAUCCACCGAUACCAAACUACCAAGGAGACAACUAUACCUUACCAGGGAUCAAUCAUGCGGACGCUUCCGACAACCAAAGUAGCCGGAUCGGAACCACUAAACUUUCUUGGCCGGCAUGGAGACAUAAAGCCACACAACAUACUCUUCUUCGGUCAAGGGGGUUCAAAAAUUCAGCAUGGCAUCUUGAAGAUAACGGACUUCGGCAUUACACGUUUUACCCCUGAAAACAUCGUUUCAGAGCGAGACAAGGGUAACGUGCCCAACUCACCUACCUAUCGUUCACCGGAGUGCGACCUGCGCAACAUAGAGUUGAGCUCACAAUGUGACAUAUGGGCUUUAGGUUGUGUCUAUUUGGUUUUUCUUACCUGGUACCUUGGCAACCAUAAGGAGGUCAAAGACUUUGCCAACGAGCGAAUGAGCCCGGAUCUCUAUUUGCACGGAAUUAUUAACGACUCAUUCUUCACUAUUGAUCCAGACGAGAGUGCACCUCGGAGAGCAAGCGUGAAAUCAAGCGUAAAAGCGAAGAUCAAUGAUUUGCGAUGCCGCGAAGCCUGCACGGAACCUUUCCAACAGCUCAUACAUAUGAUCGAAAACGGAAUGAUAAUAGUCAUCGAAAAAGAGCCGGAAGGCCUCGCUGUACCCAGUCAUCACCAUAGACGAUUGAGCUCCAGCAGCAUCAUGCAGAAACUUGAGACGAUGAGUCAUCUGAACGGAGCAAGAGACGACGAGGAGGAGUCACCCCGAACCCCUCGUCAUAGACUUAGUAUGCAAUGA